AUGAUUGAAAUCGCAAGGACUCAGGACGAGGAAACGGGAGAUGGAACUACCUCUGUAAUAGUUCUCGCUGGUGAAGUUAUGGCCCAGGCUCAACAGUUUUUGGAGCAAAAAAUCCAUCCAACUAUUAUAAUCCAGGCUUAUCGGGCUGCUUUAGAAGACAUGAUCAAGCUGGCAGAAGAGAAGUAUAGCAGGACGAUCGACGUUAAUAACGACAAAGAGAUCACUUCCGUAGUCAAAUCAUGUUUGGGAACUAAAAUGCUGAGCAAAUGGAUGGAUUUGGCUGUGAAAAUAUCGCUGGAUGCUGUUAAGACUAUCCGAGUCGAUAAAGGAAGUGCAAGUGAAAUUGAUCUCAAAAGAUACUGCCGCAUAGAGAAGAUCCCUGGAGGAACUAUCGAAGAUUGCAGGGUUAUCAAAGGAGUUGUUCUCAACAAGGACGUCACUCAUGCCAAAAUGCGUCGUCGCAUUGAACAUCCUCGAAUUGUUUUGCUUGACUGUAACUUGGAAUAUAAAAAAGGAGAAUCUCAGACCUCGCUGGAGAUUAUGAAGGAGGAAGACAUCAGUCGAAUCCUUGAGCAGGAAGAAGAAGCGAUCCGUAAGCAAUGUGACGAAAUCAUCAGCGUGAAACCCGACCUAGUCUUUACUGAAAAAGGAGUUUCCGAUUUGGCACAACAUUUUCUCCUUAAAGCUGGCAUUACAGCGAUCAGACGUUUGAAGAAAACCGAUAACAAUAGAUUAGCAAGGGUGUGCGGCGCUCGAAUUGUCAACGAUACAGCAGAUCUGCGGGAGGCCGACGUCGGAACGCAGGCCGAUCUUUUCGAGAUCACGAAGAUAGGAGACGAGUACUACACCUAUGUGACAUCGGAGAAAACUACGGCUUGUACGAUUUGCCUUCGAGGUCCAUCGAAAGAUGUUAUUAACGAGGUUGAACGCAAUCUUCAAGACUCUUUGCACGUCGUUAGAAACAUAAUGUUGAAUCCUCGCCUUGUUCCUGGUGGUGGUGCUCUUGAGAUGGCUCUUGCUCAGGUUCGUAGCUUCGUUAUAGGUUCAUUGAGAUGUUUUAUAAGGUGGAAUGUGAAGUUACUGUUUAAGGCCAUCACUGAGAAAGGAAAAUCUAUGGAGGGAGUCAGACAGUGGCCUUACAAAGCGAUUGCCAGAGCUCUUGAGGUAAUUCCUCGCACUCUCAUUCAAAACUGUGCCGGAAACACAAUCCGACAAUUGACUGCACUUCGCGCAAAACAUGCACAAAAUGCUGAAAAUUGGACGUGGGGAAUUAAUGGAACGACAGGCGAGCUGGUGGAUAUGUGCAAACUGGACAUUUGGGAUCCACUCACUGUACGUGUGCAGGUGUUGAAAACAGCAGUGGAAACAUCGAUCAUGCUCCUACGCAUUGAUGACAUUGUGUCCGGAACGAAGAAGACGCAAAAAGACGGCGUACAGGAGGAGAUGCCUCAGUGA